AGAACCUCUCAACACACCUCAACAAAUCCCCGACUCUCAAUCAAGAUGUCCGAUUUCGAUACCGCAGUCGCGGACUCAAAGAAGUUGACCUCCAAGCCCGACAAUGAUGAUUUGCUGGCGCUCUAUGGACUCUACAAGGUAGCUCUAGGCGAGGACAUCUCCAAGGCCGAGAACCCGGGAACUUUCGACUUCAAGGGCAAAGCCAAGAAGAAGUCCUGGCAAUCAUACGUUGAUAAGGGACUCACCUCCGACGAAGCCAAGGCCCAAUACGUCGAGCUGGUCGAGAAGUUGAAGGAGAAGCACGGAUAUGAUGCGAACAAGGUCCCCGAGGCCGUUGGUGCCAAAUAAAUGCUCUCAUAGCACGAGGAAUGGAUGAUGAUGACGGUUGAGGAGCACAUAUGAUGAUUGGCAGAUGGAACAUAGCACAUGUUGGUAAAUUGGGAUGGGA